UUAAUGUUGGUUUUCUGUCCUAUAACUUGAGGAUCUUUAAGCUGACCAAAGUACGUGCGCUUCCUUAGCAUAAGCGCCGGAACUACCGGCGAUUUUUCAACGGUCUUAGUGCUUAAAAUAUUACCAUCGGGUUCUUCGACUGUGCAUCUCCCUGCCAUCGAUUCCGCUGUGUGAAGGCCAUCAUCUCAACUUCCACAUCUUACAAUGGCUCAAGGGCCAGUUGAACUCGACAACUUCAAUGCGCGCAUAUUGAAUGACGUCUCCGUGCAACAAAAUGCACAAAACGACAGCUUCGAGCCUCAAGUUCUAAGAACUGAAUUCUCCUUACCACCUGUCGACACGGGAAAGGAGGCAUGGCUGUUCCUGGGCGCUUGCUGGGCUAUUGAGGCUUUGGUAUAUGGGUUCGGCUUUUCGUUCGGCGUCUUCCAGGACUUCUACAGCAAUCAUGAGCCAUUUGCGGGCUCAAGCCAUAUCGCCGUCAUCGGAACCACCACAAUGGGAGUCCUGUAUAUGGGAACACCUUUUGUUCUUGCGCUAUGCCGGCUCUACCCUCGUUGGGCACGAUGGUUCACGUUUAUGGGGCUCUUCGUUGCUUCCCUGUCCAUGGCAUUGAGUUCCUUCUGCGACACCGUGCCUCAACUCAUCGGAACACAGGGAAUUCUUUUCAGCAUUGGCGGCUGCUUCGCUUAUUGCCCUUGCGUAUUGUAUAUCGAAGAGUGGUUUGCCAAACGCAAAGGUAUGGCUUAUGGUAUCAUGUGGAGCGCCGCAGGGUUUGGAGGUGUCGUCCUUCCUCUGCUCCUCGAGAGUCUCCUCAAUGAUCUUGGGUUCCAGACAGCCACGAGGAUCUGGGCUGGUGUCCUCUUUGCAACCUCGGCCCCUUUGGCCUUCUUUAUCAAGCCCAGACUGCCCUACUCAUCUAAUACUCGCGCAAAACCGUUCAACCUGAGAUUCGUCACAUCCAAAUUGUUUGCCCUACAUCAAGUCGCCAAUAUUAUCCAGGCGACUGGCUUUUUCCUCCCAGGUAUCUACCUGCCAACCUACGCCCGCAAGGCCUACGGCGCUUCGACUUUCUUGUCAGCAUUGACAGUCAUACUAGUCAAUAUAGCCGCGACGAUCGGCCUUGCGAUCAUGGGCUCACUAACCGACAAGGUCCACGUCACGACGUGUAUAAUCACCUCAGCAAUGGGUGCGGCUACAUCGGUUUUACUGAUUUGGGGACUCUCAGCAUCCCUGCCUGUCUUGUACGUGUUCUGUAUCUUUUACGGGCUGUUCGCUGGGUGCUGGCCGUCGAUAUGGCCGGGAAUCAUGAAAGAAGUCGCUCAGAGAGGUGAGAGUGACGGUUACGGUUACGUUGACCCGCUGAUGGUGUACGGCCAUCUGUGCAUAGGGAGAGGAGUCGGGAACGUAAUAUCCGGUCCCCUGAGUGACGCGCUUAUUAAGGGAAUGCCGUGGCAGGGACAAGCUAUGGGGGGCUACGGAAGUGGAUAUGGCAGUUUGAUCAUCUUCUCUGGCCUGACGUGCCUUUUGAGUGGGAUGAACUUCCUAUGGAAGUGCCUGGAUUUACUAUGAGGAAGUGGAUCGUUGCUCAAGAACUAGAUAUCUUCCGCAACGAUUGAAUGGCUUCCUAGCUUCGGAGCUCUGGACGGUCGUAGGGAUGUUUGGUUGAGCCAAGCUCUAUGAGAUCGAACUUCUGUGUCAUGUAUCUUAAAGCAUUUGGACGGUUGAAGUGGACCGUCAGGGUCCAAUUUAUCGGUACUAUUCGCAAACGCUAUGGAAUCCUUAAC